GGCUGCCGGGCCGCGGCCGGGGUCGGAGUGGACGUUGAGGGGAGCGCGGGGGAGGCAGGGCCCCGCGGACGAGGGGUUGCCCCAUUGGCUGGGUCGGUUUUGGCGCGCUCUCCCGUCCGCGCUCCCGAUUGGUUGGCGGGCGCGUCCCGGACGCGUGCGCCGCUGUGGGAGCCCCGGCGCGCCGCCCCGAGUCCCGCCGACCCCCGACCUGCGGUGCGAGCUCCGGCUGUGCACUCGGUGUUUUCUCGUCUCUUCAGUUCCAUUUUUCUAAACAGUGUUCGAGACCCAAGUGUAUAAUGAAUCCAAGUAUGAAGCAGAAACAAGAAGGAAUCAAAGAGAGUGUAAAGAAUAGUCCUGUGCCAAGAAGAACUCUGAAGAUGAUUCAGCCUUCAGCAGCUGGAUCACUUGUUGGAAGAGAAAAUGAGUUGGUUAAAGCCUUGUCCAAAAGGAAACAUUGGAACGACCAGUUAACAUCUAAGGCUUCCAGCUCUGGAGUUGUUUUUGUCCCAGAACAUAGUGAAAAUAAAAAUUUUAGUGAAAUUACUCAAGAAGCGUUUGAUCUUAUGAUUGCAGAAAAUCCAUCCUCUCAAUAUUGGAAAGAAGUGGCAGAAAAACGGAGGAAGGCGCUCUAUGAAGCACUUAAGGAAAAUGAGAAACUUCACAAAGAAAUUGAACAAAAGGACAGUGAGAUUGCCCGCCUGAAGAAGGAAAACAAAGAACUGGCAGAGGUAGCAGAGCACGUACAGUAUAUGGCAGAGGUGAUAGAGAGACUGCAUGAAGAACCUCUGGAUAACUCUGAAUCACCAAACAGUCAGGAAUGUGACUUGGAAGAGGAAACCGGUGAGGACUCGGACGUGGAAGCCCCAGAUGUUGGCACGUGUACUGAAGAUGCUGUGUCUUCCUUGACAGAUGCAAAACCGUGUGUGUGAAAGUCAUGCUUAUCUGACUUGAGAAAUUUACUGCCAGAGUUUACUUCCACUAGAGUUCUUGGUAGCAGAGCAGACAACUGUGUACUGCAGAGUUGGAAUCAGACCUCCUUGUUUGAAUCCUGGGACCCCCGUUGUAUUAAAAUACAAAUACUAUGUAUUUUUUAAUCUAUUGAUGUUUUAUGUAAAUAGCCUUUUCUCAGUGGUCAAACAUGACUUGUGUAUGAUAAAUAAACUUCAGUCUCUUGUUGAGCAA